AUGAAUAUAUCGAAUAUAAAUUCAUCUGCAUUAAAACAACAACGCCGACGACACCGAAUGUCAUCUAAUAUUCAGUCGAAAGAUAUCAAUUCAAUGGAAAUAUUUAUUCAAUUAUGUUUUUGUUCAAAUGAAAAGUUUGCCUAUGAAACAAUGAAAAUAUUAUUUUCAUCACGUUAUAAAUAUUCAUUAAAUCUAUGUGAUGAAUUUGGUUGUAAUAUUCUUAUGUAUACACUUCGUUAUCAACGUUAUAAAUUAUUCGAUUUUUUAUUAAAUGAUAUUUCAUUAGAUGUUAAUCUUCAAUCAAAAGAUCAACAAGGGAAUACAAUUUUUCAUUAUGCAAUUAUUUAUGCAAAUCAUAAUAUACAAAUUAUUGAAAAUUUAAUUGAAAAAUUUAACAAAUUCGCAAUUGAUACUGAUGAAAGAAAUAAUUCUGGAUUUACACCAUUACUUUUAGCCGCAUUUUGUGGACGAUACAAUAUUGUUAUGACUUUAUUAAAUAAAACCGAUGCAUCACCAUUUGUUCGAGAUAAUAUUCAAUUAAAAAAUCUAUUUGAUUUUAUUGAAAUUGAUAUAAAACAAAGAAAAGAUACUCGUCCAUUAUCUCAUUGUUCUAAUUCAAGCCGUAAAUCAAUUCGUUUACGUAUACAACUUUAUCAAACACUUCCGCUUCGAUCUGAAACUCAAAAUUAUUCAUAUAAGAAUUUUUUUGAAAAUAUCCUACCUCAAGCUAUAAAUGAUUGUUCAGGAUCAAUUCGUUCAUCAAUAUUAACAAUGUUUGAUUUAGAUAAUUUAUCAAUAGAUUUAAAAUAUCUUAUUAAUUAUAUUAAUCAACGAUAUCCACAAAUAAAUACAUCGAAAAAACAAAAUCAUUCUCAACAUACAACGAAAUUUGUUUGUCAAUAUGAAGAUUCGAAAACAAAUGUUCAUAAUAUAUUUAAUUUAUUCGAUCCGAAAUUAAGACCUAAAGCAAUGCCACCCAAAGAAUUAACAACACAAUCGAAUAAAACACCAAUUACAUUCAAACGUUUGGGGAAUAAAUUAGCAUUGAUGGCUACACUUUCUCGACAUGAAGAUAAUAAUAAAACUUCUAAAUAG